CACUUCUACAAAUUCAAAAGGAAAGCGAUGUUUGGUUUUACUUCCGGUGUGAAAGGUCACAACAAGAUGGCUCGGUCCAGGCGCAGCCAUGCCAAAAACAAGGCUUGUGUUAUACUUGGAGGAUUUUCAGUGUUGUCCUUGAAGUUUAACUCGGACACGAAUUCUGAACACCAGUUGUACGUGAAGGAGCACAAAAUUCGGGCAGAGGCAAAGUCCCACCGUCCGUUCGACAGGACGUUGUUUGUCCUCAACAUCCCACCUUACUGCUCUGAGGAUGUCGUCAAGGAAUUGUUCUCACAGUUUGGCUCUGUUGAGUCCGUGGAGUUGGGUGACAACCCGGGCUCCUUCUACCAGUCUGGGCCCAAACUGUCUAGAUUUUUCAAACCGGCUGAAAAACAGGGUUUCAAAGUUGGUUACAUUGUGUUCCAUAGCCCCUCCAGUAUUGCAGCAGCUAAAUCACACCCCUAUAACGUGCCUUUGGUGGUCUGCUCAACACAGCGUACGGUUAAGACUGGAGUACAAAAAUGGAUUCAACAGUACAAAGACUCAUUUGUUCAGCCGGAGACUCUGAAAAAUGUAGUCGACAAUUUCAUGAAGAACUUUGACACGAUGAAAGAAAAAGAAGAGGAGCGCCUGAAGCAGGAGGCGGAGCAACAAAAAGAGGAUGAGGAGGGCUGGGUGAAAGUCACCAGGGGGCAGAAGGGCAACAAGGCACGUCCCCACAGCGAGGCUGCCAACCAAAAGGCCCUGCAGAAGGAGAUGGGGAAGAAGAAGAGGAAGGAGCUCGUGAACUUCUACUCUUGGCAGCAUAAAAACACCCAGAAAGAACAUAUUGCUGAACUCAGGAAAAAGUUUGAGGAGGACAAACAAAGAAUAGCGCUCCUAAGGGCUCAAAGAAAGUUCAGACCGUAUUAAAGAACCAUUGUAUGUACCUGUAUAUGCUCAGUUUACUUGACAAACCUGGAUGUUGCUUAUUUUAUCAUCAUUCUGCUCUUGCACACCACAAUAUAUAAUUUACAUUGGCAAAUACAUUUUAGUUAGUGGUAUGUGGAACAAGAUUCUGUACAGUGGAAACAUCAAAGUAACUGUUACAUAACUGUCAUUCCAUCCCAGGUAGGCUUCAAUCAUGUAUAACUUGUCACAUGUUCAUGCCAUAAAGGAAAGUUUAGAAUUUUAAACGUACAAUUUAUCUAAAUCUAGGCUGAAACUGAAUGUUCAUUAGGAGAGUAAUUUAGCAGAUACAUUCAGUUCCUUCACUGUAGCUGUUCUGAUUUUAUUUUGAAUGUCAAUAUCUCAUUUAUCUCAAACUGUACCUUUUGGCUCCAUCUUGCCCACUUUUGACCUAUUUCCAUGUGUACAGUGCCUUGUGUGCUAUAUAAUUAAAAUUGAAUUGAAGCCA